AUGGCGGAUCUCGAUCUUCAGGCCAUCCACGAUGAGUUGAUCCAAGUCGCUUAUGAAGCUGGAAAGAUGAUGCUCGCCGCCAAUCCGGCCAAUAUUGACACUGGCACCAAGUUGAACUCUGUUGACAUUGUCACCGAGGUCGACAAGGGAGUCGAGAAGAUGGUCUCAACUCGUCUCUCCGCCGCCUUCCCAUCCAUCUCAUUCAUGGGCGAGGAGACCUACAAGCCCGGGAUGAGAAUCGGCCCCGAGCCUACAUUCGUGGUUGACCCAAUUGACGGUACCACCAACUUCAUCCAUUCAUUCCCCGACGCCUGCAUCUCGCUCGGCCUCGCCAUCGAGCGCAAGCCCACCGUCGGCGUCAUCUACAACCCCUGGCAGGACCUCCUCUACACCGCCAUCAAGGGCCAGGGCGCAUACAUGACCCGCGUGAGGGGAACAACUCCCCAGAGGCUGCCACUGGCGCAGACGCCCCGGGCAAUCGACGGGCUCGGCUCCUCCCUCGUCGCCGUCGAAUGGGGCGCGGACCGCCACGGCGCCAACUUCGACGUCAAGACGGCCGUGUUCCGGCGGCUGACCGCCAGCACCGAACUCGGGGGUUCCAUGUGCCACUCGCUCCGGUCCCUGGGCUCCGCGGCCCUCAACAUCGCCGCCGUCGCGGCGGGGCAGCUCGACUGCUACUGGGAGGGCGGGUGCUGGGCGUGGGACGUGUGCGCCGGCUGGGCCAUCCUCAGCGAGGCGGGAGGGAGGAUGGCCGGCGGGAACCCGGGGACGUGGGACCCCGCGCUCGAGGAGAGGGUGUACCUCGCCGUGCGCGGCGCUCCCAGCGGGCAGAAGGAGCUCGUCGAGGAGUUUUGGGGUGUCAUUGGGGAUGGCCGGCUGGACUACCCCGUGUAA